UGCCACCUAUCAAUGCCAAUCAGUGCCACCUAUCAGUGCUGCCAAUCAGUGCCACCUAUCAGUUGCGCAUCAGUGCCAGUCAGUGCCGCCUAUCAGUGCCAGUCAGUGCCGCCUAAUAGUGCCAGUCAGUGCUGCCUAUCAGUGUCGCCUAUCAGUGCCAUAUAUCAGUGUCAUGUAUCAGUGUCAUGUAUCAGUACUGCCUUUCAGUGCCCAUCAGUGAUGCCUGUCAAUGCCCAUCAGUGCAACCUACCAGUGCCUCCUCAUCAGUGCCACCUACCACUGUCCAUCAGUGCAGCCUAUCAGUGCCCCUCACUGCAGCCUCAUUAG